UUGAAUAUUCCUUCAAGGUGAAAUCUGUAAUGGAUCUUCUGUACAAAGAAAUGUCAAAGUCACUGAACUUGAAAGAGAAUAGUUUCUCUGCGCAAUUUGGGGAACGAGCACUAAUGCAUGCUAGGUUUAACUUCUAUCCAAGGUGUUCGAAACCUGAUUUGGUUCUUGGAGUCAAACCUCAUACAGAUAGAUCAGGCAUUACAAUUCUUUUGCAAGAUAAACAAGUCGAAGGCCUUCAAAUUUUAGUAGAUGAGAAAUGGGUAAGAGUUCCUUUAAUCCCUGAUGCUCUUGUCGUCAAUCUUGGAGACCAAAUGCAGAUAAUGAGUAAUGGAAUAUUCAGAAGUCCAAUGCACAGGGUAGUAACAAACUCCGAGAGCUUGAGGUUAUCUGCGGCCUUAUUUCAUGAACCAGAGCCAGAAAAAGAGAUUGGACCUGUGGAUAGCUUGAUGGAUGAGUACAGACCAAGAUUAUACAGAAAUGUUAAAAAUUAUGGUGUUAUAAUUGAAUGCUACAAAAAUGGGUUGGCUGUUGGGCAUAGAGUAGAAAGUUCAUUUCUUGAUAAAGUACGUGAAAUUACAAAACGGUUCUUUGCACUUCUAAUGGAAGAGAAACAUAAGUAUGAUCGAGAAGCUAACAGUCUUGAAGGCAUAAGUAUGAUCGAGAAGCUAACAGUCUUCAAGGAUAUGGAAACGAUCUAA